AUGGGGAAGAUCACCUUCUACGAGGACCGCAGCUUCCAGGGCCGCUGCUAUGAAUGCAGCAGCGACUGCCCCAACCUGCAGACCUACUUCAGCCGCUGCAACUCCAUCAGAGUGGACAGUGGCUGCUGGAUGCUCUAUGAGCGCCCCAACUACCAGGGCCACCAGUACUUCCUGAGGCGUGGGGACUACCCUGACUACCAGCAGUGGAUGGGAUUCAGUGACUCCAUCCGCUCCUGCCGCCUCAUCCCCCACCAGACAGGUUCCCACAGGAUGCGGCUGUAUGAGAGAGAAGACCACAAAGGCCUCAUGAUGGAGCUGAGUGAAGAUUGCUCCUGCAUCCAGGACCGCUUCCACCUCAGUGAGGUGCGCUCUCUGCACGUGCUGGAGGGCUGCUGGGUCCUCUACGAGAUGCCCAACUACCGGGGGCGGCAGUACCUGCUGAGGCCUCAGGAGUACCGGCGCUACCACGACUGGGGUGCCGUGGACGCUAAGGCGGGCUCUUUGCGGAGGGUGGUGGAUUUAUACUAA